AUGCUUGCUGCACGCUCUCGAUUCACCUCCAUCGCUCGACGUUCUUUUGCCACUGAAGCUGCUCCCGCUGCUGCCGACCAAAAGUACAAGGUUGUCGUUGUUGGUGGCGGUCCAGGUGGUUUGUCAGUGUCUUCCACCCUCUCAAAGAUGCUCGGCAAGGACAAGGUGGCUGUCAUUGAUCCCGCUGACUACCAUUAUUAUCAACCUUUGUGGACCUAUGUUGGUGGUGGUUUGAAGGAUUUCCGUGAAAGUCAACGUCCUAUGCAAUCUGUUAUUCCCGAGAAGGCUGACUGGAUCAAGGAACGUGUAACCAAGUUGGAUCCUGAUAACAACCGUGUGGGUUUGGCCAAUGGUAAAACUGUGGGUUACGACUAUCUCGUCGUUGCUGCUGGUAUCCAAAUCAAUUGGGAUCAAGUCAAGGGUCUUCCCGAGAGCUUGGGCAAGGAUGGUGUUACCUCCAACUACUCGCCUGAGAGCGUCCAAAAGACUUACAAGUUCAUCCAAGAGUUCAAGGGUGGUAAUGCCUUGUUUACUUUCCCCAACACCCCCUUGAAGUGCCCUGGUGCUCCUACCAAGAUUGUCUUUUUGGCUGAGGAAGCUCUCCGUCUCCAAGGUGUGCGUGAUAAGGCCAAUGUUACUUACAACACCAGUGCUGGAAAGAUCUUUGGUGUCGAUCAUUAUGGCCAAGUGCUUCAGCGACUUGCCGACGAGCGUGGUAUCAAGGUUAACUUCCAACAUGAGUUGAUUGAAAUCAAGCCAAAUGAUCGUCAAGCUAUCUUCCGCAACAAUGCUAAUCAAGAAACCAAGACAUUUGACUAUGACUUUUUGCACGUGGCUCCUCCUCAGGGUCCUCCCACCUUUAUCAAGGAAUCCAAGCUUGCUGACGCUGCCGGCUUUGUGGAUGUUGACAAGUUCACUUUGCGUUCCAACAAAUACAAGAACGUUUUCGCUCUUGGAGACUGCUCCAACUUGCCUACUUCCAAGACAGCUGCUGCCAUCACUGGUGAAUCGGGUGUUCUCAAGGCUAAUUUGAUUGCUGAUAUUGAAGGCAAGGAAAUCAAGGAGCAUGAAUAUGAUGGUUACACCAGCUGCCCUCUCAUUGUUGGUCGUGAGCAACUUGUCCUUGCCGAGUUCUCUGGUUACACUGGUCAACCCAUGGAAACUUUCCCAGUCGAUCAACGACAAAUCAGCAGCACUGCUCAAUACCUCAACAAGGAGAUCAUUCCCUCCAUCUACUGGAAUGGUUUGCUCAAAGGUCUUUGGACAGGCCCCGGUGCUUUCCGCCGCAUGAUGGAACCUCUCCGCAAGUAG